GUUUUACUGAUAUACUUUGAAUCUUUCGCAGUGUACUAUAUCGGGAAUUUAUAAUUCUCCCAAGUACAUGUAGAUGAGCAUUACUUGUCGCUCUGUUGAAUGGAAAGCACAUGCAACCAGAUCACUAUGCCACCGUUGUUGCAUACAUAGAAUCAUUGACCGAAGUAUUCGAACAAAAUUGCUCCUUGGUUUCUUUUUCCUUCUCUGCAUUCAUCCGACGUAUAACUUAUUAGUAUCAGCAUUUAUAUAAUGUUUCAUGGAUGUUAGAGGGGUAAGGGCAUCCUAGUCUCACUUUCGAAUGAUGAGCGGAAGGAAAGG